AUGCCUCCAGAUACACUUCGGUUUGUGCGGCGCGAUGGCGUACGAGGUAAAGAGCUGUUCACGUUCGACGAAGUCGCGGUCGUGAAGAUUGUGGACAGCCAUACUUAUGAUGCGAAUAUCCACGUCGAAUUUAGCCAUGGUCCAUCUGCUCACGGCGGCUUCAUUGUUGCCAUUCUCUGGAAAGUCAUCCAGACUCAUUUCUCCAACACUCUAGCAAAGCAGAACCAGCACAACACCUUCUCGCUCCAUACCGAGUUCCUCCGACCAUGUUCCACGGGUCCCAUCACCAUCAAGAUUCGCGAUGUUCGAAUCGGGAAAGCAACAAGUACAGUACACGCCAGCUUGUCACAGAAAGGUAUUGAAAACGCAGUCUGCUACGCUACAAACUGCGGCCCUCUUGCUGUCCGCAAUACCAUCAGCAUUCCCAUGUCUUAUCAACUUACCCCUCUGCCUCCACCCAUUGAUUUCGCUGCGGUCUUGUCCGGUCAAGACAAAUACUGGAUCCGCUACGACGUGGGACGGGAUCCCAAAACUCCUAACCACGCUCUGUGUAAUGCCAUAUUCGCCAUCGAACGCCAAACCCCCAUCCUUCAAGACAGUAGCAACCCCAUGCACAAAAGAAUCACAACCCAAUGGCUCACCCCCCGCCUGCCCCACGAGACCUGGACGCAACCCAUGUUAGGCCUCGUUAUGGACCAUGCCGUCCCUCCCAUCGAAAACUUCUACACCCAUAACGCCCCUCAUAAUAACCUCAACAUGCCCCUUCGAGCCGUGGAAAACGAAACCCGGGGCCUGAGUAGUUAUGACCAUCCCGCGUGGGCAAGUCCGAGAUAUUAUCCGACGGUCUCGAUGACGAUUGAGGUCAAGAGGCCUUUGGCUCCGGAAGGCGUCAAGUGGUUGAUGUUGCGAUGGCACACGAGGGAAUGUGUCGAUGGGAGAUUUGAUAUUGAAGCGGAGGUGUGGGAUCCUGAAGGGAGACUUGUAGCCACGGCAGUGAGUUUGUGGUAUGUGAUUGAUGUGGCAGAUGCAGGGGUGGGUCAGCAGGGUGGUACAGGUAGCAGCAGGAAGAAAAUUGCGGAAGGAAAGGGAAUUAGGGCGAAAUAUGGCGAUAGUAAAAUUUAG